UCGUUCUGGGAGGUUGUAACAGAAUGUGUCAGAAUUUUCUUUUCAUGAAUUCAAGUGUAAAAUUGUUUGUUCUUCGUGAAAAAUCAGUAUCCCUGUUAAAAGACAAAGUUGUGGUUCUACAAAAGUUAAGAAUUGGGAAUUUCCACAUCACGGAGGCUUCAUUGAGCCGCCUCAAUGUAAUUUGAAAUGAAACGUUUGCGUGUGGAUGAGACUGUGAAGGAUCGAAGUGGACCCCCGCUAUCUGGUGCUCUGUACCGUCAGUCUUUAAGCAACACUGCACCAGCAUUGUCCUAUUCCAGUGGGAGCACUGUGAAAGUGGUCGGUGAAGGUAUGCAGUCUGGACUUUAUCCACCACCACCUCCUGUCAGUUACGGUGCCAUGCCAACUGCAGCUGCUCCUCACCUCUCUGUCAGUAGCCAUUCCCAGCUACGCACUAGUGGCAAUUCUUCACCUAGUGCAAACCUUCAAGAGUCAUCGCAACAGCAGCAGUCUCCCAGCAGCAACUUCCAACGAUUGAAGGUUGAGGAUGCCCUCUCUUAUCUGGAUCUGGUCAAGUUUAAGUUUGGCUCAACGCCACAAGUGUACAAUGACUUUUUAGAUAUUAUGAAAGAGUUUAAGAGUCAGAGCAUUGACACGCCAGGUGUCAUUCAAAGAGUCUCCAAUCUGUUCAAGGGAUACCCUGAAUUAAUAGUAGGUUUCAAUACUUUUCUGCCUCCGGGUUAUAAAAUUGAGGUCCAACGUAGCGACCAGGGCUAUGCAUUUCAAGUAUCAGUCAGCAUGCCUAGCCCUACUGGUACUAUGAAUUCAGAUCCUCAACAGCAGAGAUCAGCAAUGAUUUUGAAGGGUUCUGGCACGAUAAAUAUGUCUGGCCAAAAUCAACCACCGCCACCCAGUCAACCAGCAUCCCAACCCCUGUCAUUGACGCAGCACAUACCUCCUGUGGCUCCACAAGCUCCUCCCGCAGCACCAGUAGUUCACCAUCCUUCCACAUAUGGCAGCAGUGCUCCCACAUAUGGUCCUCUAUCUUUAUCUGCUGCCCAGGCUGCUGUUACACAAGCUCUGCAGGGUCACACAGACUCACCGCAGAAUCAACCAGUUGAGUUCAACCAUGCCAUCAACUACGUCAAUAAAAUAAAGAAUCGCUUCCAAGGCCAACCAGAAAAGUACAAGAGGUUUCUCGAGAUCCUCCACACAUACCAAAAGGAGCAGCGCACGCUGAAAGACUCGGCAGGCAUAGGCUCUGGGGUGAAACAUCUGACUGAGCAAGAGGUAUACAGCCAGGUGGCCAAGCUGUUCGAGAACCAGAGCGACCUACUUGCUGAGUUUGGUCAAUUUCUUCCGGAUGCCACUAGCCACAUCAAUCAGGCACCUAUAUCAGAACAUUCGAAUUCUGUUAAGAAGCCACCUAGUAAACCAUAUCAUAGAGACAACAUGCUGGAUAGGCAUAGUCUGCCACACAAGCCCAGCCAUAUUUCGGGGCCCGUGAAGCGCUCCCCGCCGUACUCGAAUUACCAACACAGGGAGGCACCGCCAGUUAAAAAGCACAAAAUAUCCACUUCCUGUCGGGAUGUUAGUCUCAGUGAGGCUGGGAAGUAUGCAGCUUUAAAUGAUUAUGCAUUUUUUGAUAAGGUCCGCAAAGCUGUACGUUCUCAAGAAGUAUACAACAACUUCCUCAGGUGCCUCACCUUAUUUAAUCAGGAAAUUGUGUCAAAAGCUGAACUCAUCCAGAUUGUCACCCCCUUCCUAGGAAAAUUUCCCGAGUUACUAAGAUGGUUCCGCGAGUUUAUGGGCCAGAACGAACCCGAGCCUGUGCCAUUCAAUGUGGCCCGAUCUGAACGUCCCCAGGGUGACCAUGCUCUGGAAAUUGAUCUAGCCACUGCCAAGAGAUUAGGUGCGAGCUACUGCAUUAUCCCCAAGGCUCAGGAAGGGUUGAAGUGCUCCGGUCGCACACCACUCUGCAAAGAAGUGCUCAAUGAUCAGUGGGUGUCCUUCCCCACCUGGUCUGAAGACAGCACAUUUGUCAGUUCUCGCAAGACACAGUACGAGGAGUACAUGUACCGUUGCGAGGAUGAAAGGUUUGAACUGGAUGUGGUAAUCGAAGUGAAUGCUUCCACCAUCCGUGUGCUCGAGGGGGUGUUCAAGAAACUAGGCCGAAUGAACCCCGACGAGGUUGCCAAAUAUAAGCUAGACGACUGCUUGGGUGGAUCAUCGCCCACGUUACACCAACGUGCCAUCAAAAGGAUAUAUGGUGACAAAGCACCCGAUAUCAUCGAAGGGUUGAAGAGAAAUCCGAUGGUGGCAGUACCCGUAGUACUGCGCAGGCUCAAGGCCAAGGAGGAAGAGUGGCGGGAGGCGCAAAAGGGAUUCAACAAGAUCUGGAGGGAACAGAAUGAGAAGUAUUACUUGAAGAGUCUGGACCAUCAAGGUAUCAACUUCAAGCAGACUGACGUGAAGGCAUUGAGGUCGAAGAGCCUGUAUAAUGAGAUCGAGACAAUUUUUGACGAGAGACAUGAACAAAAUGAAGAGGGAGCCGAACCCGUAGUAGGUCCACAUUUAGUUCUACCAUACAGGGACCGCACCAUACUAGAUGAUGCUGCCAAUCUUCUCAUUCAUCACGUUAAGCGGCAAACCGGCAUCCAGAAGGGUGAAAAGAGGCGCAUUAAGCAACUUCUUCGGCAAUUUUUGCCUGACUUGUUCUUUCAUCCAAGGCAGCAACUGAGCGAUGACGAACGAGAAGAAGAUGAUGAUAAGGACGAAUGUGAGGAGAGUUCUAGUAGUUCCCCAAAGUCGGAAAAAGACAGCAAGGGAAAGGGUAGCGUGAGUCCCGGGAAAUCUCCUGCCCGUGCCGAAGGAAACAGCCCUGUGGACAUCAAAAGUGAAAUAAGUUUGAAGGAGGAGGAUGUGAAAGUGCCAUUGCAUGCUCAAACUAAUGAUCCCGAAGAAGCAUACACCCUCUUUAUGGCCAACAACAACUGGUACAUAUUUCUAAGAUUGCAUGCAAUCCUGUGUGAACGUCUCUGCAAGAUAUACGAACGUGCCUGCACCUUAGCCGAAGAUGAAGCUAAAUCACGAACCAACAGGAAGGAGAGCACCGCUAUUGCUCUACGAUUGAAACCAAAGCCCCAGAUCGAGGUGGAGGACUACUACCCUGCUUUUCUUGAUAUGGUGAAGAAUUUGCUCGAUGGUAACAUGGAGGCAACUACUUACGAAGACACACUACGAGAGAUGUUCGGAAUACAUGCCUAUAUUGCCUUCACUUUAGACAAAGUAAUCACCUAUUCGGUGAGGCAGCUGCAACAUUGUGUGACAGAAAGGACGGCAAUCGCCUGUUCGGAGUUAUUUCUUAAGGAGCAGAAGAGAAGUGCCGCUGGCGGACACUGUGCGACCGCUGGCAAAAGGCAGCAUAUGGAACUCGCCUACCAAAGGGCAGGUGAAAAGGUGGUUCAAGACGAAAACUGCUUCAAGAUCUACAUCUACAAGCGAGACUGCAAGAUGACGAUAGAGCUGUUGGAUACUGAACCCGAAGACAGCAAGAAGGUAGAAGAAGCGAAGAAGUGGAGCAGCUACAAGGAAUGCUACACGGAUUGCACCAGUACAGAGAGCAAACCAAGGUCCCCCGUCUACCUCGAUAGAAAUCUACGUCUAUACAACAGGCGAGCAGCAGCUAACUUGAAUAAGAAUAGACGAGUAGUGAGGAACCACCAGCUAAAUGAGAACGAGGAGGAGAAGAACAGGCGGCUACAACCAGAGGUUGACAAGAGCAAUUGCAAGGGGGACAGCGACUUCAACAUCUUGGAUGUCAUCGAAAGGAAAUUGAGCGAGCGUGCUGGUCCUGAGAGGAGCCAAACGGAACACCCGGGUUACAAUGUGAACGAUGAGACCCAGUGCAAAUUUAAUCCGCAGGACUCUAAAAUGAUGUUUACCGUGACGAAAGACAGCUACUUGUAUAACAUAAGUGCCUUCCACAAAGCUAGAAAGUCCCAUCCCCAGGUAACGAAACGGAAAGGAAAUCUCUUUCGGGCAUGGUUGAAACAGUGGGCCAGUGAAAAUGUGAGUGACGUGCAAGUUAAGCAGUGUACAGAUUGGUUAAUGGGUCGGUGUGAAGGUGUUGUUCCGAAUAGGACGCGGGUGCUAACGGACAAUGACCUCUCACGGACUCCCUAUGUCCCUUACAAUAGGUAUCGUGUCGAAAGGCUGAGCGAAGGUUCCACAUGAGUGGGGAUGCGUUGAACUCGAGCAUUAGUGCAUGCAUUGUUACGUAACAAAGUUGUUGAAGACAUUGCAGUUCCUUUAAAAGGUAAUUUGGUGUUAUGUCGGGGGUUCAGUCUUGAAUUUUUUUGUUAAUCGGAUCUCUUGUGUUGUUUAUUUAAAUAUUAUUUGGUAUAAUCGAAGGCCAAUGACAUUUUUAAUUAGAAACAAAAAGUUUUUUAUAUGUUGUGUCGCGCACAAUACUGUUUUUAUGUUCCAAAAAAUAAUUUAUUAACUUAUUUCUUAAUUGUAAAAAACCCUCGAAGUGAUACUUUUUUUUAUUUAAUUUAAGAACCAAACUCUGUGUACUUGUUUUGUACAGAUAUUUUAAUUACUUGUAAGUUACUUUACAAUAUCAAAAGUUUAUGUUGUUCUGUGUUUCAGUUUAAAAAUCCCAGGCAGUGCAAUAAACUAUUUUUAAACUGGAACGAAGAAUUAUUUUUACUCUGUUACUUUGUUUGUUUUUUUUCUCCAUAUGUUCUCGUUUUCUUUUUUAUAUUAUUUUAUAGUACAAAAACUAGGUUAUGUUUUUUGUAUCGCUUUAACUAGCUCGGUUCUCACUUAAAUUAUUCUUCCUGGUUGAUCCGUUUCCUCUAACGAACUAUCAGUAACUUUAAUUUAAUAUAUAUAUAAAUACAUAUAUUGAUGUUGACAUAUACUUUUCAGCACUAUUUAUGGUAAUUUAUUAGUACCAAGAUUCCUUACCGGCCACCCAAAAAUCGAAAAUGUUUUUUUUAUCCUUUUGUUAAAACAACAGUCCAAUUAAAUUGAAGUCGCAUGGAGUUUUUGAAAUACGCUCGCAAUCGGAUACAAUUUAUUUUGCAUUGAUUUGAUAAAUGUAAAAGUGUAUCAGAAUUCACGGAAACCUGAUUAACCAAGUACAUUUUCAAAUUGCCCUUAUUUAUUUAUCGUAUGGCUGAUAUUAUAAAACAUAAGUUAUAAUUUGUAAUACAUUAAAGUAGCAAUUCAUUGGAGAGACUUUUCUCCCUGGAUAAAUUUUUUGAAUUAACAUUUCUAUUAUAAACUGACAGUUUAUUAAGGUGCACCAGUCAUAGUUUGCCAUUGGUAUUUCUUUUUCCCCCCAUUAUUGACGUUUCGGAUUAUAUACUGUGACUAGCGGAAACUGUCGCCUCUCUUCAAAUAGAUUAUAUUUCACGAUUAAACAUAAAUUUCAAAUUUAAUAAGGGAGAAAUUUUGUGAAUUGUAUUUAAUAUACUUGAAAAAAUUUUUGGCUUAAAUGGUUGGUUUUUUUCUUAACUUUCAAUAAUAUUUUCAGCCAAUAUUUCAUUCUCAAAGCUGUCAACUAAAAGCAUUUACAGUAUUUAUUUAUCAAAUUCGGGCUUUUUUAUAUAAACAGUUCUAUGAGAAUAGUUCAUUAAUUUAGUUUAACUGGCUGAAAGGGUGUAAUAGAAGGGUUACUUUUGUGACCUAUUUGUUUGGCAGCUUUUUGCUUGUGAUAAAUUAGUGUUGCAUCCAUUUGGUAAUGGGGCAAAAGUACGUUUUGAGGGUUUAAAUCAUCUGUCCUGUGGAAUUUUUCCAUCGAUGUAUUGUGCUUCCAACAACUGCGUUUGACCGUUUCUGUUCCUGGGACCUCGUACAGUCGUAAAUUAGCUGAUAGGGAAAGUACAAAGUCUAUUUUUAUAUAUAUACCGAUCACAGUUAUGAAUGCUUUGUAAAGAUAUGUCAGCAUUUUUACGCCAUCCAUGUAAAUAGUUAACGAAUAUGAGAAAAUAACCAAAGAUUCGAUAGUUUUUUACAAGUAUAAAACAUUCCAUUUUAUACAAAAAUUUAUGUUAUUAAAUGUAACUUUUAAAAACGUUUGGUUAUUUUCACAUCAAGACCACUUUUAAU